UGCGUUGGUGCACGUGACACCCUGACUUUUCCUCCUCAGAAUUAUUCUCAUAAAUAAAUUCACACUUAUCCUAAGCACACAUAGCAUUAGUUGAAAUACUGGCUCUACAAAUCUCCAUAGCCAUUCAUUAAUCUUAUAAGUUGCUUUAAAACAGUAAACGGGAGGUGAGUGGAAUGGCCGGUACUAAAAUUGAUAACAAAGUCAACAGUUCUGGUCCUGUGACUGUGACUGGGAAUUCUCGAUUCUUGAUUGUGAAUCACGAAAAUGGAGGAAUUUUGGACCUCGUACGCUUUGGCAUAUGGGGUAACCAAGAAAGCGGUGACAAAUUUCUCGAAUAUUCGGCUGGCGGUGUGGUGGAACAGUCACUACGUGCCGAUGAUCAUAGCGGUGGUGAGGUGCCUGAUCAUAGAUGGGUGAUAUUUGUGUCCAUUCUAGUGAGGAAAUUAAUCUCCAUUUUCGGUAAACCCAUGGAAUGGAUUGGGUAUCUCAUCGAAUUCAUCCUCAAUCUCUUCUCCCUCAAUGGCAAUUUUUUUGGACUUUUCUACAAUCUCUUGCAUGGAAAGGUGGUGAUGCCAAAGAGAGGGUCUGAAACGUUUAUAAGUGCUAUUGGGCAUUUAGAUGGGCGUAUAAACUUAUACAAGAGUGAGAAGUUAACCAAGGAAAUUGGAGAACCUGAUUUCUGGCAGAAAAAUAUUCAACUUGGAAUAGGACACAGGGCCCUAAUGGACCUCUGUAUGAUGGCCUCAAAGUUGGCUUACGAGAAUGCAAAGGUUGUUCAGAAUGUCGUAAAUCUUCACUGGAAGAUGCAUUUUGUGGAUUUCUUCAAUUGCUGGAAUGAUUUCGAGAAAGAGAUGUCCACCCAGGUUUUUAUAUUGUGCGAUAAGCCGAAUGAUGCAAACUUGAUAGUCAUCAGCUUCAGGGGCACAGAGCCAUUUGAUGCUGAUGACUGGAUCACUGAUUUUGACUACUCUUGGUAUGAGAUUCCAAAACUUGGGAAAGUACACAUGGGAUUCUUGGAAGCCUUAGGUUUAGGGAGCAGAGCAAAGGCCUCCACAUUUCACGAACAACUGUUCGUGAAUAAUCUGAAGUUCACCAAUUUAGGAAAUGUUGAUGCAACUAUUGCCCCUUCGGAAAGUUCUGGAUCUUCUACCUCAUUCAGUGACACUGAUGCAUGCAGUGGGUCAGACCAGUCCUCUGACUCAGAACGGCCUACUGAUACCGGCGCAAAGAAGUUCAGACUAGAUAUGCCAGAGAGGACUGCAUACUACGUUGUUAGAAGUAAACUCAAAAGGUUACUCAAUGAGCACAAGAAUGCAAAGUUUGUGGUUACAGGCCAUAGCUUGGGCGGGGCGCUAGCUGUAUUAUUCCCAACCAUCUUAGUGCUGCACGAGGAGAUGAAUGUCAUGGACCAAUUAUUGGGAAUAUAUACAUAUGGGCAGCCAAGGGUUGGGAAUAGGCAGUUAGGGAAGUUCAUGGAAGAACAUUUGGAACAUCCAGUCCCGAAGUACUUCAGGGUUGUUUAUUGCAAUGAUCUUGUUCCGAGAUUACCUUAUGAUAAUAGAACAUUCCUGUUUAAGCACUUUGGGAUUUGCCGGUACAACAAUAGCUUAUACGUUGAGCAGAAUGUCGAUGAAGAACCAAACAGAAACUUUUUUGGGCUGCGAUUUCUGAUACCGCUGUAUCUGAACGCUUGCUGGGAGCUAAUCAGAAGCUUUGCAAUGGGUUACAUGUAUGGACCCGAGUAUGAAGAAUGUUGGGAAUCAGUCAUGCUUCGCGCGCUAGGACUUUUUCUUCCUGGUAUUUCUGCCCACAGCCCAGUUGAUUAUGUGAACUCCGUCAGACUUGGAAGGGAGAGAAGUACCCAAAUGUCAUCCUUUUAGAAAUGUUUGUCACAAAGUAGUGGUUUUACAGCUACAUCAGAACAAGAUGAUUCGUUUCCUGUGAGGCUUAUGCAAUAUGUGCCCUGUUUAGUUUUUGAAGUUUGGUAUUGACGUUUAAUUAUGGAAAAUAAAACUUAUUUCAGUUUUU